AUGCGGCGUCGAUUAUCUCCUGGAAAACUCAUCAGGGAUGGGGAGUUCACCUUGUUCGAGGCUGUUGGUGCUCUCGAGAUUGGUGAUCCUAAGAUGGACAGCGGCUGCCCCGGCGGAGAUUCGGAUGAUGAGAUCUUCGACGCCACCACUCCUCUAUCCGCGACCGAGGUGAUAUGGCUUAUGGAUGAGCUAAUGUAUCGUGAGGUCGCCUGGCAUCAAGGUUAUCCACUUUCGCAAACCCUGUUCACUUCUGUUCAUCUGGAACGACUGCUUUGGCCUGAGCCCAAAAAGCUCUCGGAUGCUUGCUUCCAUAGAGAUGCCUUGGGAGGUAUGUCGGACGGUUCUAUUAUUACCGCAGUGCUUGAACCGUUCUGCUUGGCCCUCAUAAAGUGUUGUGAUCUUGUCCUCACAAUGGUUUCGGGACAUCAUUAUUACGAGGAAGAAGACUUCGCGACCCAGGUCUUUAACCGACCAUUACUUUCGAUAUCUUCACCGCAAGACGUACUACUCCGUCUUGAGGAUGCACGUUAUCAACUGCCCAAACUUCGGCUAGAUCCACCACUGCGUGAUGCGUUGAAGGCUCGUUUAGAUGUGCGACACUUCUUUCUGAGCAUGCUCCAGAGCUGUGAAAAUGGGACGCCACCAGAAGUCAAGUCAAGCGAGGAAGUCAUCUCGCUAAUCGACUGCAUCCAAAAUUCAUCUAGUCUGGGCACAGCAUUCUCCACUGAAGCAUUUACACUCAAACUGCAACGUCGAUUUGCAAGUAGUGUACCACCACGACCAAUGGUUGUUACUCCAAAGGAUGAAUCAUUCCGCUUUUUCAAACAGCUUGUCACCGACGCCACCCGAUCUUUCGAAGUGCUCAGCAUCACAUGUAGUGUGGACUUGCUGGUAGCAUACCAAAGUUUCAUGUGCCAGGACCCCCAGCCUUCGGUCUAUGUGCGGGCGCUUCUCCAAUCCUUCCUUGCCAUUCAGAAUAGCAUCCUUGGUCGAUAUUCCUUGAAACAAUUCAUCUCCCAAGACCUACAACUUCUGGUCUUACCAAAUACCGCACUCGUCACAGAACAUUCUGAUACGACUCUCACAUUGAGCGAGGAGCAGUUGCAGACGUUGUCUGAAUUUGAAUAUUUUAUCGGUCGGUAUGGUCAGUCCUAUCUCAACCUUUUCCGAACUUUUUGCCUCAACCCAAGCCGAGUUCGCCGCACCUUAUGCCACGCCGCGCUCGAAUGGGACCAGAUUCAAGCCGAAGCCGAAGAACUUGACACCACAGUGCAUGCUUCUUUUGGAGAAUAUCCUCAAGAAUAUCCAGAUGCAGAUGGCCCUACAUUCUCAUACUCCAUCAGCAGUUGGGUUUAUCAUUACAAGCUGCUACAGUUGCGAGGCAUCAUACAGAUGGGCUUCCAGCUUUCUGUCUAUGCUCCCCAUGAGUACUCGGGUAUGUAUUGGUAUUUGUCUUAUCUCUCGAGCACUCACAUGUCACACCUGGAACGUAUCAGCUUCUUCGUGUCAAGUGAUCGAAAGCAGGGCAAGAAACAACAAGAAAAUGUGCAGGCCAGCUUGCACCAACUUUAUCGACAGUUCACCUGGGUAAAGGCCACCGAGGCUCUAGCAAAAGCUUUACACAGGCUUCUGGUAGUGAUUCAACGACACGGUCACUUGCAGCAGCCAAGACCGAGCUAUUCCUCAGAUCAUCUCAGAUAUGAAUUGAGAAUGCGCCCGUUCCAGCAUCUGUCCAUCCCAGAGCCACUAGCCCCCGCUGUGGCACGGCAGGCAUGUUCUCUGCAAGAGCUGUCCGACAUCACUAUUCUUGAACAGGCUCUACGAUUAAACCAGACAGCCAAGAAGGCGUGGGAAGAAGUUCUUAAAGAGAACUGGAAUGCACAACCUGUGUCCACGGACAAUACUGGGCAUGAGGGAGAUCAAAUCGCUACCCCAGUGAUUGAAAGAGAGUGGACGAAGGAGGUACGCAACUCGAUUAAGGCUUGCAUCGGCACAGGCAUCGCAGUCAGCGCUUUGAUGAAGCACUUUCAAGGCGCUGAUGCCUCAGGCCAGAUUCGAGAUGUGAGAAUAACUGUUCCAGUAGUGGGUGACCGAGAUCGUUGGCAUCCAGCAUGGGUAGUUCCCAAAGUUGUCGGCUGA